UUUACUUUCCUUAAACAGAAAAUAAGGUUUGUUUGUAUCGUUAUCGGUUCGGGUUGAUAAAAACCUCUGCCAGCCUCAUUUCGACACCAGUCGUGAGCUUGCUACCUCCUACGCUAAAGGCCUUAAAGUUGAAAGUAAUUAAGGUCAAUUCGACAGGAAAUCUAGGCCAGGUAUAACACUCAAGAUCGGAGCGUACGUAAUCCUAAGCUGAACAACCUUCAAAUUCGCACUGGUAACUAAUAAAGAACCCAACACUUCUUAGUUGCUCGGAAUUCAGGAGUAGGCUUAUAUAGAUAGACCAAGAUGUCAGAGAAGACUACGCCAAUUGUGGACUACAGUGAUUUGGAGUUCAAACAAGGAUCAGGAGUCCAUAUCUGGGAUGAAGUCAUCUACCCCUGGUUCGUUCACGCAGAGACCCUAGACGCCAUGAGUGAUUUCCAAGUUCGUCAUGAUGAUGUUUACGUCAUUUCAUAUCCUAAAUCAGGUACGACAUGGACUCAGGAAAUUGUCUCACUUAUAAACAGCAAUGGAGAGCCAGAUUCUGUGAAAGACAAACACGUGGAAGAACGUGUGCCACAUCUAGAGAUGAGCACAGCUAUCCCCGGGACCAUUUUGUACCCACGCAUUACCGCCAUGCCAGACGACAAACCUAGGCUUAUCAAAACUCACUUGCCUUAUCAGCAUAUGCCAAAGGACUUUCUUGUAAAGAAACCAAAGAUUGUCUACAUUGCUCGCAACUACAAAGAUGUGUCUGUGUCUGGAUACAGUUUUCUGCGCAUGUACAAAGCGUACGAUGACGUAGGUUCUUGGAAUGAUUUUUGCCAAGGUGUUCUGCUGAAAGAACUGACACCGUAUGGUCCAUGGACUGCUCAUGUGCUAGGCUGGUGGCAACACAGAAGGGAUAAAAAUGUUCUAUUUUUGAAAUAUGAAGACUUAAAGAAGGAUUUGAGGGGUGGCGUUAUACAGAUCGCCGACUUCUUGGGAAAGCCAUUGUCAGAUGAGGCCAUAGACAAAACGGUGGAGCAUUGUAGCUUUAAGACCAUGAGUCGAAACCCAAUGACAAACUUUACAGGGUUAGACGCAUUUGAUCACAAGGUGUCGUCAUUUAUGAGGAAGGGUGGUACAGGUGACUGGAAGAAUUGGUAUACCGUUGCACAAAACGAGGCGAUGUCAAAACUCAUAGAAGAGCGUAUUCAGGGUAGCGGACUUGAGUUUGACUACGAGCCAGCGAUUUGAUCCAGGCCUGACGAUAAUUGACCAUUCCAAAGUGUUAAUCAAACUUGACAACUGACCAAUCAGCACAGGGCCGUGUUUGUCCUACAAAAACAUUCUUCCACGAACGCACCUUUUACACUGUCGCUUGUGCGCCUUAGCAACAAUAUCCAAUGGAAAGAUCCAUUAUGAAAGCCAACAAGUGCUACACCAGCCUGCUGUUUCAUCAUAGAAAUGUUGAGCUACGUUUAUAAAUCAUUUUCAUAUAUGUAGUUCAAUUAUAUCAUGACUGACAACGUGUGCGGUCGUUCAGUGAUCACGGGGAGGAUCGAGAUUUUCGUUUGCAGAGAUGGGGGGAAAUAACAAAUUAAGGGUAUGGUCCCCUCAUCACGCGAGUGUGAUCAAUAAACUAAUAUUUUUUAAGCUAAAACUUACUAGGCUAUUAUUUCGCAGUGAUAAUAAACACGCAUGUUGGUAAAAUUUUAAAUGCGAAGAGGGUUAAUCUUGAAUAUUCCCCUCUAAAUCCAGGCAUCAUGAUUGGAUUAUAAACUAAGGUAAACCAAAUCGUAGUUUAAACUGUGCAUGCCCGCAUUACGGUCAACAGACAUAAACAAACACACACAGUUUUAUUUCGAUUGACCUUGGAUACGGGCAUGCGCAGUUCAAACUGCGAAUUGGACUAUAUAAUUACUAAAAGGGGAAUAAUCACAUUUUUUCACAUGUUGUUUUGUUUACCUGACCCAGGAUAUAUAAUAUAAAACAUGUAUUUGUUACAAUAUUUGCCGAUUUUUGUUAUAAUUAGGCAAAGUUGAUUUUUCUUAUAUUGCUCGGUUAGACUAGAUCGAAACGGACUUUGACCAUCUACAGAAAGAAUAAUAAAACGGUUGUAUGAAA